AUGCGACUUGUGACUUUGGUCACGGCGCUAGUAGCGCUCGCGACACCGUCGCAAGCGCUGGAAGUCAGCGUUUGCGGCGACGCCACGUACGACCUGCCAGAGGACCGAGGAGUCAUCUGCGCGUCGGCGGACCCCGUCCCUCAAGGCACGUCCUGCCCGCUAAAAGGCGACAAAGCGAGCGUCGAUUGUUUCGAAAAUCUACCAUCAUACGACAGUGGUGCCUGUGUGGCGCCCGAAGACGCGGUGUGUGCACUAGUGAACGGCAAGACAUGGGGCUGCGUACUUCCAUCGGUAGGAUGUGGUGGCCAAGCACUUACAACGGCUGCUCCAGCUUCUCCAGUCAAUCAGUGA